AUGGCUACCCCUAGUGUCCUAGCUUUUGACGCUGAGGGUCGCGCCAUUGAUUUUGAGGUCUGGUUAGACGACCUGCAGCUGUUCUUACAGUGCGACAGGGCUGACGACCUUUCUCUCUUUGACCUCACCUCUGGCGCCUCUCCUGCUCCUGCUGCUGAUGCUGAUCCCGCUGUCCGCUCUAAGUGGGCCACCCGGGAUGCUGCUGCACGUCUUGCUGUGCGUCGCCACCUCCCUACCUCUGAGCGUGCGCACUUUAGUCAGUACAAGAGUGCUCAGACCUUGUACGACGCUGUAGUUGCGCGCUACUCCUCCCCUGCCACUGCUGCACUGAGCCGUCUCAUGCUUCCCUACCUCUUUCCUGACCUCUCUGCCUUUCCCACUGUCGCUGACCUCAUUACGCACCUCCGCACUAGUGACACUCGCUACCGCGCCGCCCUUCCUGCUGAGUUCUGCGCUAAGAACCCCCCCCCCAUGUACAUCGCUCUCUACUACGUAGUCGCGCGCCUCCCUGACUCCCUUCGCGUCGUCAGGGACCACUUUCUCGCAGUCUGUCCCACCACCCUCACCGUCGACCUCCUCGAGAAGGCCCUCCUCGCAGCGGAGAAGAGCAUAGUCGCUGUAGGUGCUUCUCGUGGUGACCCUCGCACCCCCAUCUUUGAGGGGUGCUCUCCUUCCCCCUUGCUGCCCUCUGUUGCCUCUGCUGCUGCUGCCGACCUGCUUGGUCUUGAGUCGGUCGGCACGGCGUCUGCCCCUAGUGGGAGACGUCGCUCCAGCAAGGGCAAGGGGGGCAAGGGCGCGGGUGGAGCUGGAGGGGGCGGUGGCGGUGGCGGCGGUGGCGGCGGAGGGAGUGGGGGUGGCGGCGGGACUAGUGGUGGAGGUGGUGGUGGUGGUGGCAGCAGUGGCGGAGGCGGUGGUGGUGGUGCCAGCGGUGGUGGUGGAGGCAGCGGCGGUGGUGGAGGCGGCGGAGGUGGAGGCGGUGGAGGCGGCAGCGGAGGAGGCGGUGGUGGUGGAGGAGGUGGAGCUGGUCGAGGUGGUACCCAGCAGCGUAGCGGCGGUGGUGGUGGCCAGCGCUCGCAGCGGCAGCAGCAGCAGCGCUCGCGGGACAUCCCUCCGCCUCAGCAGCUUCGUGAGUGGUACGCUGGGCGUCAGAGGGGUGGGGGUACUGGUCCCUGCACCUACGUUCUUCGUUCCGGCGACCGCGCGGCGAUCUUUGAUCUUGAUUUUGAUGCUAUCCUUGCUGCUAUGUAUGUUGUGGAUUAUAGUGAGGAGAAUGAGGGUUACCGUUGUUUCCAGCCCGACCCGGGCAUUGGUACUGCUGCGCUAGGUGCUUGUGAGGCUGCUGCUCUAGGUGCCAGUGCGUCUGUGCUCUCAGGUACUGGUGAGACUGCGCUCUCAGGUACUGCGUCGUCCUCGUCCUCCCUCACUUUCACACUUGACUCCGGAGCUUCUCGCUCCUUCUUUCGAGACCGCACUACCCUUACGCCGCUCGGCCGGCCGGUUGCGGUCUCCCUUGCUGACCCCUCUGGGGGUCCUGUCCUGUCUCACUUCUCCACUGUCCUCCCGUGUCCGGCUGCCCCUUCGGGCACCCUGUCGGGUCUUUCACUCCUGCGAGUCAGCGGGUGA